AUGACCCUGCGGUUCGAUCAUGGGCGCGCCAAGCUACAGCUUCGUAUAACGAUCUCAGGAGCUCUCCCGACCCGCGGCUACGCGUCUGAAGCAAUGCCCUGCGAUCCAGCGAGUCGACUUGCAAUAUCGAUCAAACGCUGCAAUUCUUCCGGUAAUGAAGUCGAUGAAUGGAUUCAAAGCUCUGGGAGCAAGGCCGCUAUGAGAAUAAACACGCAAGUCGAUAUGCUAGAGGGUAUCAUUCUCACUGAGACUCGCUCCCUUUGUCGCCAUUGGGAUGUGAGGAGCACGGAAAAAGGAGCACCGCGGAAGACCAACUACACGAACGAAUAG